AUGAGCUUCCAGCCGGAACCAUUCUGGUACUCCCAGGGCUGCAUUUUUACCAGCGAUGUUCUCAAAUCACUGUGGCUACACCAUGGGUCGAUCAUAACGCACGAUGGCAAGUGCUUAACCAUCCCAUGGGCCGCCGGCGAGUUCGAGUUCUUUUGUCGUCUUGUUGUCUACGGUCGUUUUGAUCUCAGGGCAAGAGAUCUCGCUCAGCAGAUAUACUGGCAUAAGCUCUAUGAUAACUUCAGGGAGAACAAGGAGGCGGUACACGAGAGUUCUGAAGGGGCCUUAUGGUUCCAGAAGGUUGUCAUUGACAACGCCAACAACAACGAGGGCACCAACACCACUGGCGACGCCGCCGAGGUGCCUACCUUUGCCGACAUCGAUGCCGACGACCUUAUCGAUGUCAAAUAUGAACCUACUACGUUUACUGUCGUCCGUUCGGGCGACCAAGAGGGUUCUGUUUUUGAGGCUGGAAACAGCUACACGGUCAUACAACUAGAGGCUUUCACCGCCGAGACUACACCAGAGAAGCUGCCGACGGCGGCCAAGAUUGACGUCGCUUUGCUUGAGUCUGAAUACGUUGAGUUGGGGAGCUCGACGUUGGACAGUGGCAAGGGGACCAGCAAGAUGUCUGGGGUGAAGCCGCUGAAGAACCGUGAAAAGAGAUUUGCUAAGAAGGCCGCCAAGGCGGCUGCUCUUCCUGCUUUGCGGGACCAGAGCAAGAUGUUUAAGCUUUCGAAGCUUAAGAGAACUUGA